GGGCCACUCCACAGCUUCUCCCAGCACCUGCUUCACGUGCUGCUGCCUUGUCUCUUGCAACUGGUCUCGCUCGCGACUGCCUUUCCCCCCUCCCGCAAUGCGCGCCGUCCAGCUCGCUGCCGGCCUGGCCGCGGCCUCGGCGCCGUUGGUCGCUGCCGCCCCGGAACACUACCCGGUUCUUCAGUCACGCGCCAAUGAGUCUCUCGCAUACUCUCCUCCGCACUAUCCCUCGCCGUGGAUGAACCCAACCGCCGUCGGCUGGGAAGCGGCGUAUGCCAAAGCCCGCGAGCUCGUCUCCCAGAUGACCCUCCUCGAAAAGGUCAACCUGACCACCGGCACAGGCUGGCAGAGUGAUCAGUGUGUCGGAAACACUGGUUCCGUCCCUCGCCUGGGCAUCAAGAGCCUGUGUCUGCAGGACAGCCCGCUCGGCACCCGCUUCGCGGACUAUGCUUCGGCCUUCUCCAGCGGCCAGACCAUCGCCGCCAGUUGGGACCGCGGCCUCAUCUACCAACGCGCUCACGGCAUCGGCGCUGAGCAAAAGGCAAAGGGCAUCAGCGUCAUGCUCGGCCCCGUAGCCGGCCCGAUCGGCAGAGCGCCUACCGGCGGCCGCAACUGGGAAGGCUUCAGCCCCGAUCCUUACCUGACUGGCGUUGCCGCGGCCGAGUCCAUUAAGGGAAUCCAGGAUGCUGGCGUCAUUGCCACGCUCAAGCACUACAUUGCCAACGAGCAGGAACACUUCCGCCAAGCAGGUGAAGCUCGAGGCUACAACUACACCAUCGAUGAGUCUUCGUCCAGCAACAUCGACGACAAGACCAUGCAUGAGCUCUAUCUCUGGCCCUUUGCCGAUGGUGUCCGUGCCGGCGUUGGCUCAAUAAUGUGCUCGUAUCAGCAGAUCAACAAUUCGUAUGGCUGCCAGAACUCUGCCACUCUCAAUGGCCUUCUCAAGGGCGAACUGGGAUUCCAGGGUUUCACGGUUUCAGACUGGGCUGCUCAACACGCAGGAGUGUCAUCUGCGCUUGCUGGCCUCGAUAUGACGAUGCCCGGUGAUUCGGCCUUUAAUACCGGUGUCAGCUUCUGGGGCGGCAACUUGACUCUUGCCGUGCUCAACGGAACGGUUCCAGAGUACCGGAUCGACGACAUGGCCAUGAGAAUCGUCUCUGCGCUUUUCCUGGUCGGUAUUGGCGCCGAUGUGCAGGAAGCCAACUUCGACAGCUGGACGAAGAGCACUUAUGGGCCCAAGCACUAUUAUGCCAAAGACGGCCAACAGCAGAUCAACUACCACGUGGACGUGCAGGGUAACCACGGAGAUGAGAUCCGGAACGCUGCUGCCAAGUCGACCGUCAUUCUCAAGAACAACGGCAUCUUGCCCCUGAACAAGCCUCGCUUCCUGGCUGUCAUCGGCCAGGACGCCGGACCGAACCCCCGCGGUCCUAACGGUUGUCCUGACCGUGGCUGCAAUGACGGCACUCUUGCCAUGUCCUGGGGCUCUGGAACCGCCGAAUUCCCCUACCUGGUCACACCUGCCGAGGCCCUGCAGUACCAGGCGCUCCAGGACAAGUCCCGCAUCGAGUCCAUCUUUGAUAACUAUGCGUGGUCGCAGAUCCGCACCCUUGUCUCGCAGCAGUAUGCCCACUCGCUCGUCUUUGUCAACGCCAACAGCGGCGAGGGAUACAUCAACGUCGACGGCAACGAGGGCGACCGCAAGAACCUGACGCUGUGGGGCUCCGGCGACGACCUGAUCAAGAACGUCUCGAGCGUGUGCAACCAGACCAUUGUGGUGAUCCACUCGGUCGGCCCGGUCCUGCUUACGGACUGGUAUGACAACCCCAACGUCUCGGCGAUUGUCUGGGCCGGCGAGCCAGGCCAGGAGAGCGGCCGGUCCAUCGUCGACGUGCUCUACGGCCGGGCCCAGCCUGGUCGUACUCCCUUCACCUGGGCGGCCAAGCGCGAGGACUAUGGUGCCGAUGUGCUCUACGAGCCCAACAACGGCGAGGGCGCUCCCCAGCAGGACUUCACCGAGGGCGUCCUGAUCGACUACCGGUACCUCGACGCCAAGAACAUCGAGCCCAUCUACGAGUUCGGCCACGGCCUCUCGUGGACGACGUUCGAGUACUCGAACCUCGUUGUCGAGAAGGUCUCUGACGCCGCCUACACCCCGACUACGGGCCAGACCGCCGCGGCCCCGACCUUUGGCGAGAAGCCCAGCCCGGACCUGAGCCAGUACACCUUCCCGAACAGCACGAUCCGGUACAUCUACAACUUUGUCUACCCGUAUCUCAACACCUCGUCCUCGGGCCAGGCCGCCUCGGGCGCGAGCGACUACGGCCAGACGGCCGACGAGUUCCUGCCCCCUCACGCACUCGACUCGACGCCUCAGCCCCUGCACGCGGCCGGGCCCGCGCUGAACCAGCAGCCCGGAGGCAACGCGCAGCUCUGGGACGUGCUGUACCGGGUCAGCGCGACCAUCACCAACACUGGCAAAGUCGAGGGUGACGAAAUCCCGCAACUAUACGUCUCGCUCGGCGGCCCCGGCGAGCCCGUCCGCGUGCUGCGCGGCUUCGACCGGCUGAGCGUCGCGCCGGGCCAGAGCGUGCAGUUCUGCGCCGAGCUCACCCGCCGCGACGUCAGCAACUGGGACGUCGUCAGCCAGAACUGGGUCAUCACCGAGCAUGCCAAGACGGUGUAUGUGGGCAGCUCGAGCCGCAAGCUGCCACUCAGUGCGCCUCUCAAGUAGAGGGAGAGUCUUCGCAUGCUUUGUGUUGUGUGUGCUCUGUGACGGGUUGGCGAGAGCGAGGGCGAGGGCGAGGGGCUCUUUUUGUAAUUAGUACCAGCAUGCCAAUGUAUAAUGACUAGUCAAUUGUGAGAACUGAGGUCUUCCAGUGAAAUCCCUGCCUGACCUUUGAAACAAUUUGAGCCUCUGGGACGUGAUGUGAUGAGAAUCAGACCACAUGCAGAACCGACACACAUCUCAGAGCUACGACCAAAGUUAGGCAUAGUACAUAGACUUAUCAUUACUCUUUGUUUGCUUGUG